CCCGGGCCGGGGGUGGGGAGGAGUCGAGGGUUUCGGAGCGAGCUCGGCGGCCGGUGAUUCGGGGCGUUCGGCGCGCCCUUCACCGAAGCGGCAGUGGCCGGGCUGGGAGCAGGGAGUGGGAAGCGACGGCGCGGUUGGAAAAUGCCGGUCCAUUCCCGAGGGGAUAAGAAGGAGACGAAUCAUCACGAUGAGAUGGAGGUGGACUACGCGGAGAACGAGGGGAGCAGCUCCGAAGACGAGGACACCGAGAGCUCGUCGGUCUCCGAGGAUGGGGACAGCUCAGCAGAAAUGGAUGAUGAGGAUUGUGAAAGGAGAAGGAUGGAGUGUCUAGAUGAAAUGUCCAAUCUUGAGAAACAGUUCACAGAUCUCAAAGAUCAACUUUAUAAAGAGCGGUUGAGUCAGGUGGAUGCGAAACUCCAAGAAGUCAUAGCUGGAAAAGCCCCAGAGUAUUUGGAACCACUGGCUACUUUGCAAGAAAAUAUGCAGAUUCGCACAAAGGUGGCAGGCAUCUACAGAGAGCUCUGCCUAGAGUCUGUGAAGAACAAGUACGAAUGUGAAGUCCAGGCUUCACGCCAGCACUGCGAGAGUGAGAAGCUUUUGUUAUAUGAUACAGUCCAGAGUGAGCUUGAGGAGAAGAUCAGAAGGCUUGAGGAGGACAGGCACAGCAUCGACAUUACCUCAGAGCUGUGGAAUGAUGAGCUUCAGUCACGGAAGAAGAGGAAGGACCCUUUCAGCCCCGACAAAAAGAAGCCCGUUGUUGUUUCAGGUCCAUAUAUAGUUUAUAUGCUUCAGGACCUUGAUAUCCUUGAGGACUGGACAACAAUUAGAAAGGCAAUGGCUACAUUGGGUCCACACCGAGUUAAAACAGAACCUCCAGUGAAGCUGGAGAAACACCUGCACAGCGCUCGGUCCGAAGAGGGAAGGCUGUGUUACGACGGCGAGUGGUAUACACGUGGACAGACAAUAUGUAUUGAUAAGAGAGAUGAGUGUCCCACAAGUGCUGUAAUUACAACAAUUAACCAUGAUGAAGUUUGGUUUAAGAGGCCUGAUGGAAGCAAAUCUAAGCUUUACAUUUCGCAGCUACAGAAAGGAAAAUACUCAAUUAAACAUUCGUAAUCACAAUUUAAGUGUUACCCAAAUCUACCUUAUUAGUGUUACCAAGUGUAAUGUGCCAUGGGAGCCAAGAAAAUGUAUUCAGCAGCGUAAUAUCUUCAUCGAGUCGUGAGAGAAUGUCUUUUAGGUAGAACUCUAAGUAGAUCCCAUAUUGGUAAGUCAUUAAGAAAAAUAGUGAAAUAAAUUUAAUCAUGGCCAUCACAUUUAUUUGCCUCUUAGGUCCAGUGGCCAGCAGGUAUAUUUGGUAUGUAUUUUUCCCUCAGUUUUGUUUCAUUUUGUGUUUUAAUUGUGUGAGUGUCUCAUCUCUUAGUGCACUACAAACUACAGUUAGCUGCAGUUUUAAAGUCUCCACGCCUUUGUCACUCAUUGUGUUUGUAAAUAAGACUGAGAAAAUAUUUCCUAUACAUGAUUUGUAUUAGUGCGUUAGUUUAAAUCAAUUGAAGUUUGUACAUAUGUCUGUGAGUAUGUAUAUACGGCAUCAUUGCUUACUUAGAACCCCGGCCCAGCCGUCUGGUGUUGUUUUACCCCAAGUUGAACUGUUGGGUCUGAGAAGUAAAGGGAGCACUUUUAAAGACUGGAUCUCCUUCUCUUCUGCCUCGUGGUGGUGGCCUCUUUUCUAGAUCAUAUUAGAGGUGUAUUUGUAGCUUUGUGUCAUGUGUGACCACGCUGCUGCUGUGUUUAUUGUGAGCUUUUGGAGGGCCGGUGCCCCCUGGUGUUGGUAAUGCAGUGUCUGCGGGAGCAGCGGCUGGCAGUAUUGUGGUGCUUUCUGCACAUGUCUGACCUUCUGAAGAUUUUAGUAAGCAUUUUCUGGAGGCAAAGCUAGAUCCUUAUUCUAAUUUUAUUGCUAGGAUGAAAUAGAUGUGAACACUUCAUUUGAAUCUAGCCCUCCCCAUUAGCAUUUUUUAAAAUCUUACAUGUUUUUACAUUUUAAGGCCAUUUGGUGCAAUUUAGAAAAUGUUGGCCUCCCUUCCCUUAGCCACAUUUCGUAAUUAACUUCCAAAGCCUCUGGAACCAGGUAGAAAACUGAAGCCUGCAGAGUGGCAGCACAGUUGGCUAGAGUGUGUGUUUAGGGUGCCACCAAACCAGUGUUCUGGUGGUCUCAUGCACUUUAAUUACCAUGGUAUUUAGGAGGAUGAGGAAGAUUCACUUGCUAACACUCAGCCAAGGAGUCUCUGCAUGAUUCCGUUAGUUCCUUAUGAGUUUACCUCUGCAGGUAUCCUGUGCAGGUCACCACUUCACAGUUGCCAAAUGUAAUACAUUUGACUUUUGAAAUUAGUAUCAGCAAUGUUGUGCUGCUCUGUUCUGUUUCUCAUCAACCUUAGCAGCUGGACUUACUGUCGCAAUCCAGGAGCAUUUGACAGUACUUAUAUAUAAAUAUAUAUAUGAUGUUUGAUAAACAUUUUUAAUGAGAUUUGUAUUUUUAAAUUUAGUAUGUAAUACAAAGAAGUGUUUGCGUGUCAUUUGUGGUACUGUGUGUUAUUCACUUAUGCUUAGUAGUUUCUACUCUGUCCACUUCUGGGCAGAUUUGAGCCAUUUGUCAUCGGUAGAUCCACAGCGGUGUGGAGGGGCUUGCGCUCGGCUACCCACACUUGCACCUCUGUGGGACAUGCGUAGGUAUUCAGGGCCUAAGUUAUACUUAACUCAAAUAUGCACACAGGUGUGUUAUACCUUAGCAAGUGUACUCUGUAUUUUGAAAUUCUAACCAGAAAAAAAAUAAAGACUUGUUUCUCAUGCUUACUGUGAAAACUUUAAUUUCUGUAUCAUACUAUUCCGCCAUCAUACUAAGAUUGUGCCAAGCACAUGCUGGUCAGCGGUAUGAGUACCGUGAGAUAGCUUACUGCAGGCAGUUUCCCAUUAGUCUUUUAGUUAUUAGCUUUAAUUUUGGAGAUCAUUGGGAACCCUGCGAUGAGAUGGGCCAGCUGCCGCCGCUGCCGUGUUUCUCAUCAGUUCCUGCUGUCAGUUUCUGGACUUUCCCACCACAGCUCCUGUUCACGUCGAGCUCACCUUGCUCUGCCAUCUCACACUUAAGACAGAAGACCCCAGCCAUUAUCUAAGACCGUGUAGGUCUGUUACAAAGUGGACUGAAAACGCAUGUCUCCUAAGGAAAGGGAUUUGAAUAGGGGUGAACGAGUACAUUGGCAAGGAUCGUUACAGUCUUGCCAAAUUGGAAUGUAAGCUAGUGUAUCUUGAAAUUCAGAGAUGUAAAAUAUGAAAAAGCACUGGAAAGUUCAGAGGCAGAAGGAGGCAUGUCUCUUGUCUUCAUGGCUGGUGCACUGUGGGUGACCUGUGGGAAGUCCCCAUUGUUACUGUGGGCCAGCAUCUUGCCCUCCAUAGCUUCCCACUUUAUUUUUAAGAUUUACUUUUAAUAACACUCGUGUGUGUGUGAGUGGAUCUCACAUGUAUAUGGGCGCUAGUCAUUAGAGCAUUGGAUCCCUUAGAGCUGGAGUUGCAGGCAUUGUGAGCCACCAGAUGAGAGAGCUGGGAACCAAGCUUGGAUUCUCUGGAAGAGCAGCAAAUGCUCUUAAACACCAGUUCAUCUCCUCCAGUCCCCUUCUAGGUUCUUUUUAAACCAUGUAUUUUAUUACUUUGACCAAUUCAUGAACAGGGUGGAACCCGUGACUAAUGGGUAUCCAGUGAUUAAAAAAAGCCUAAUUUGAAUGCCUUUCAUGUGUUAUUUGUAUUUAAUGUAAAACCCGAAAUUCAUUAAUUUUUGCAUGUUCAAAACAAAUAAAAUGUCAGAAUUCUAACUACA